AUGCAGAACUGCGGAGGCGGCCCCGUCAGGAGUAUUGGGGGCAUCGGGGGCCGUAGAGCCUUCGACAGUAUCUGUCCCAAUAGGAUGCUGGAUCUGUCCAGCCGGCAGCUCAGGAAACCGGGGAAGUUGGAGAAGAAGUUCGCGCCCCCGCGGAAGUUCUUUGGGAGUAGCAGCCCCAUCUCUGUUUACACUGACCCCCCGGAGGCGGAGCUGGCAGGUUUGCCAGCCCUGACUACAAUUGACUGGCAGGAUUUCGCGGACUGUUCCUCACUACUCCACCAGGGGAGCUCCCCGAGUUGUGAUGCUGCGGUUUCACAGAACCCCUGUCCACAAACAGAAACAGAAUUUGAUCUGCAGGAUUUCAGGGAUGCAGUGGAUAACCUCAUAUCAGACCCAUCAUCUUUGAUGUCAUCUUCCAUGGGUCCUGAGGACUUUUCCUUCCCUUCCUGUGAUGCUUCACCCUUUGGUUCCUGCAUUUCUCCCCAACCGGAGCACCCUAUGCCUCCUGUGAGCAUUCAGGGUGUUCCUCAUCCUGAACAGUACUGGAAGGAAGUGGCCGACCAGAACCAGAAAGCCCUGGGAGAUGCCUUGGUAGAAAAUAAUCAACUGCACGUGACACUGACCCAGAAGCAGGAGGAGAUUGCAUCCUUGAAAGAAAGGAACAUUCAGUUGAAGGAGCUGGCCAGCCGGACUCGGCACCUGGCUUCUGUCCUUGAUAAGCUGAUGAUCACCCAGGCCCAGGAUUGUCGAGCUGCCCCGGAACCCUUCCUGCUCAAAGCGUCAGCCAAGAGGAGCCUGGAGGAGUUGCUCACCGCCAGCGGCCAGGAUGGCGCGGAAGUGGACGCGAUACUGCGAGAGAUCUCGGAGCAGUGCGACGUGGCUCUGCAGAGCCGGGACACUAAGCGGCCCAGGCUGCAGCCGGAAGCCCCGGACACAGACUGUACCUCGGCGGUGGCCCUGCACGGAGCCUUCCGCGGUCUGCAGGCAGACUGCAGGCAGAGAUCCCUGAACUUGAGUCAUAGCGAGCUGGAAGACGGCGGCUCUUUCAGCACCCCUAUUCGCGACCACUGCACCAUCCGUACUCUGGCGUUCCCCCAGGGCAAUGCCUUUACUAUUCGGACCGCCAGCGGGGGCUACAAAUUCCGCUGGGUUCCUAGCUGA